AUGAAUGGAAAUGGGUAUGAAUAUUAUAGUUAUGGGAAGCACCCAUCGUUAAAAAAAGCAUACAAUCAGAAUUAUAAUGAAAUUCGUCGGGCUUCUGGUGAAUAUCAAUUUUACAGAAAUAUUUCUUCCAAUGUAAUGCAUCCACAAAAAAACGCUGAUGUUUUCACAGUGUCAGACAAUUGGAAUCAUCCUCGUGGUGAAUGGAGUAUGAAAAUGCGAAUGCAUCCAGGUGCUGGAACUGUGCCUUCAUUUGCUCGAGCAGAUCCAAACAGUGGAGCUACACGUUUCCAGUCACAAAAUGUGGGAACUUCUACUGUCCCACAGCAGCUACAAAGCUGUUCCAUUAUACCGCCGUCGGAUUCUUUUUGUGGGCCAAUUGAUCCCAUGGUUUCAAACGUUGAAAAAGAAGAUAAUAACGUACCAUUGGACUCUGGAUAUCAGCCUUCUGAGAGUUUUUAUGAUUUGUUGUUUUUACGAGACGAUAACCAGAGCGAAGAUCCUAUACCUUGCCAUAAUAACAUGGAUGUUUUUUCCGGAUACGAUCCUUCCUGCGGCAUUAGGCAACCGCAUGAAGAAAGCUUUGAGGCGCCUGCUCCUAGCGAAGGAUACGAAAGAGAGGGUCUCGCGUCACUUAUUCGAAAGUUUAGUGUCAUGCACAGGGGAGGAAAUGGGCUACAAAAUGGAAGCGGGCCUAUUGGUCGCAGACGUAGCUCCCUGACGUUUAAUGGGGCUUUAUAA